UAAACAUGAGAGCAGAUUUGAGAGAGACCUUUUUUCUCUGUGGAAUAUUUCUGAUGUGCUCAUCUGAAACAGCUGGUCAAACAUGCAGGAGAAAGUGUGGAGAUGUAUUGGAGGAAUGCUCCUGCCAUGCAACCUGUGUUUCUUUGCUGAACUGCUGUGCAGACUACAAUCAGUCCUGUUUCCAGGUGACGCCUCACUCCAGCUCCAUGUUGGGUGGAAGAGCUCUCAGGAUCCUCGGUUUGGCCCUUCAUCCUGGUGGGCUCCUCGUCUGCAGAUUCAAAGAUGAGAUUGAACAUGAAGGAUUUAUUGAUGCUGAAGGCCACGGCUACUGUGUCUCUCCUCUACUGUACGAGACGGGUUGGAUAGCAUUCACGGUCUCGACAGAUGGAAUACAUUUCGACAGAUCUGGAGAGUUCUUGUCAGUCAACCCCAGUAAAGCUGACCCUGCCUUUGAAGUCACCCUGGUGAAUCGAACACAGUGGCAGUACUACGGCACGCUGAACGUGGCAGGGCGCCUUAAGAUGACAUGGAAUAGCUCUUUGAUCGGAGCAGAGAAGGUCGACAUAGAGCUGUGGGGCUACAGAGAGUUCAGCGGGAGCGGAUCGUACUCUCUGCAGGCCGAGCUGAGCUAUCUGCACUCGCUCGGUAGGAAUCUGCCCAACACCGGCGCCUUCAGCUUCCUCCCCGAGCCCUCAAAGGACUUCUCUGACUGGGAGUUGGGGAAUAUCCGCAUCACUGCUAGUUCGUCGUCAGAUGGAGCAAGGCAUGUGCAGGGGCUCUGGAGCGGAGGUCAUGUCUUAGCCUGGCACCUGGAGCAGGCUUUCAGAGAUGACUCAGCAGCCUGGGCCAAGACAAAGUGUCUGCAGUGGGACGUCCUGGAGAAGACGCUGCCCUUCUUCCUGGACGAGCUCAUCGACUGUCCUUGCACUCUGGCACAGGCCCGAGCGGACACAGGCAGGUUUCAUACUGACUAUAGUUGUGACAUUGAGAGGGGCAGUGUUUGCACUUAUCACCCUGGUAGUGUCCACUGCGUCAGAGCCAUUCAGGCCAGCCCAAAGCAUGGAUCGGGUCAGCAGUGCUGCUAUGACAUCACAGGCUCUCUGGUGCUGACAGGAGACUCCAUGGGUGGCAGCACCCCAGACAGGGCUCACGACUGGGGCUCGCCUCCAUACAGGGAGCCACCGCGGGUGCCGGGUUACUCCCACUGGCUUUACGAUGUCAUGAGUUUCUACUACUGCUGCCUGUGGUCUGACCACUGCCACAUCUACUUCAACCAUCGGCCGUCUAGCGGUUGUCGCAACUACCAGCCCCCAAGAGCUGGUGUUGUCCUCGGGGAUCCGCAUUUCAUAACGUUCGACGGCCUCAGCUACACUUUCAAUGGCAAAGGAGAAUUCCACCUUGUGUCUUCGCCCGACAGAGAGCUGAGUGUUCAGGCCAGAACAGAACCGGUGAAACUUAAGAACGGUACGUUGGCCAAAGCCACAUGGCUGUCAUCAGUGGCUAUGCAGGAGAAGACCUCUGAUGUCAUCGAGGUGCGUCUAGCGGAGGGCCAGCUUCAGGUGCUGAAGAACCAGAAGGUCCUACCUUUCACCGAGCAAAGAUGGAUGGACCUACAGGGAGUGUUUGUGUUCGGGCCCUGCCCUCAGAACGUGACAGUAAUCUUCCUCUCUGGAGUUGGAGUUGAGGUCCGUGUGCACGAAGGAGCCAUGGCAGCGACCGUCCUGCUGCCGACAGAGUUUACCAACCGCACCCAGGGUCUCCUCGGUCUGAUGAACUCUGACCCAUCAGAUGACCUGCUGACUCAGCGAGGAGAGAUCAUCUCCUCAGCCGACGCCACGCCGGAGGAAAUCUUCACCUUUGGAGCUGGCUGGAACAUUUCAAAGAAGUCCUCCCUUUUCACAUAUGACUCAAAGUACCUCUUGGAUACCUACUAUUUCCCACCAAGCCACGACCCUGCUUUUGUUCCUGCCUUUGCCCUACCUGAGAGACCGGAUGACCCUCUGGUGGCAGACAUGUUGACAAUGUGCUUUGGAGAAGGAGCCAUGUUCUGUAAAUAUGAUACGCUGACCACUCGGAGCCUCGCGAUGGGAAACGCCACACUCGGGGCCUACCAAAAUCACCAGGCCCUAAUGGAAGCCCUGGAGCCAGUGGUGUCUUGUGGCUGGCUCCCCACACCCAGGAAUGGGAAGAAGAAUGGGACACAUUACCUAGAGGGGAACACUCUGAGCUUCCUCUGCAACGGAGGCUUCAUGCUGUACGGUUCAACAGAGCGGACUUGUCUGGAUGAUGGGACCUGGACUGGAGAGACACCAUACUGUAUAACAGAUAAUAACGUGGGGUUUGUGCUCGGCGCUGUUGGUUCCCUCUCAGCGCUGCUCACGAUGGGAGUAAUGGUCCACCUGCACAAUAGGAAACAAAACAGCAUUUCAGCUACUGGCUGAUAAGCUGCGGGCAAACAACAUGACCUUCAUCACAGAGAGAAAAAAGAGGACAAGAUGUUGACUCAAGAUCAAACCUGCUGACCCCCUCGGUGUUCUUUGGGAUCAUGGAUCACACCGCUCCACAGUGAAACCUUUCCACUGUGCAGCCUGUGGCAACGAAUGUGUUUAGAGCUUAGAGUUUGGAAAUCAUAUUGUACAUGUUGUUUAUUAGGACCAGCAAUCUUGUCUUGACCUGUUGACCUUAUCAGGAAAAAAAAACUGAGGCGGCGAGUUAGGCUUUCAGCGUGUUACUUGGCCUCAUGUUUUCCCUCUUGUUAUGAUUGGAAAACCUCCAGGUGGUGGCAAAUGGUGGGUUAGGAUUUUAUAAAAAAAAGGGAAAAAAAAGCGUAUUGUUUUUAUAUUCAAGUUUUUGCAUGACUGGUCUUCCGAUCUUUGCUAGAGAGAGAGAACUGUAUAAAUACUCCACAGCGAUAUCUACAUGACGAUCAACACUCCCUUCUCCUGUUUUAAAAUAGGACCAGAUGUGUUCAUGUUCACGUCAGAUGUGAAGCGAACCUGAUCAUCUUUUCGGUUGAAAGACUUUGAACCCAUACACGGCCUUUGUGUGGGCUCACAGCCUUCAGUCAAAUUAAGUUGUUUUGCUGAGUGACUGAGAAAGAAAAAUCUGCAAAUGUAACAUAAAGGUCACGUAAAGGCUUUGCACUGUAUCAACACUUGCUUUCUGAGUUUUCCCUUGUACGGCUACAUAUCUGUGUUUGAAGAGAUGAAUUGAUCUAAAAAAUGUUUUCAUUCAAAAUCAAUGAAGGAAUAAUUAAAGUGGCCCUAUUAUGCUUUUCCACUUUUUCCCUCUUCUUUAGUGUGUUAUAUAUAGUUUUGUACAUGUAAAAGGUCUGUAGAGUGUAAAACCUGAAGUCCACGCCUAAAAGGAGUUACCCUCCCCCUCAGAAGCUCCUGAGCUCCUGAAACGGCUCCAUUGAAUUCUCUCCUUCACUUCUGUAACUUUAUGAGGUCAUAAUGUAACUUUAUGAGGUCACAAUGUUACAUCAGUGACGUAAAACUACUUCCUGUUAGUUUGGCCCUCAAACAACAAAAGAGAGACGGAGCUGAAGAGUUUUUUGAAAUGUGAAACAUUGACCAAUCACAACAGAGCGGGCUAGCUGACCAAUCAGAGCAGACUUUGCUUUCUGGAGGGAGGAGCAAGCGCUACAACGGAGUGAGAGAGGGUGAGAAGAGGUGCUACAGGACAGCCAGGAUGAGAAAAACAAGGAGGAUUAUGAGCAUUAACACAUGUAAACAUGUUGUAACUGUAACUUGAGAUAAAAACAUGCACCCGGAAAAUAGC